GGCAACCAGUCAGUAGAUCCACUAUUUCUAGACUUUACAAGAAAUAUGGCAUUACUCAUAAGAAGAUAGGUUAUCACUAUUCUGAGCAACAAUCUUUCCUUGAAAAGAUUAAACCUUUUGUAGAUAAAGUUAAGAGUUUAUCACUCUCACAACUUAUGGCUGAAGAUGAAUGUGCUUUCUAUUUAAACGAAGCACCUCGGAGAGCUUGGGGUUGGAAAGGAGAAAGAAAAGGAACUAAAGCAGUAGACUUUCAUGAUUUCAUUAAAGAGAUUUAUUUUCUCAAUGAUGAAAAGUAUUAUUUGCUGUUAGAUAAUGCCAGCAUUCAUAAGGCGAUCAAGGCUUGUUUGAAGAAAGAUAGACUGCCGAUUAGAGAGUUAUUUACUCAAAUGAAUAUUGAUCCUCUUUAUUUAGUUCCUUAUACUCCUCAACUAAACCCAGUUGAACUAUGUUUUAAUUUCCUAAGAAAGUUUGUAGAAGAACAUGAACCAAGAACUUAUGAAGAACUAAAAUGA